AUGUCUUCUAUUAUUGAACUUUCAGAUAUAGAUGAAUAUAAUGCCAAAGACUUUGCUAAAAAAGUUAUUCCAAAAGUUAUAUAUACAACCGUUCCUGUAGAAUAUCCAGAUACAUUUCUAGAAGGAGUUGCAACAAUAUAUAAUGUAACUGGUUGGGAAAAUCCUAUGGAUGCAUUUUUAGAUAUAAACAAGGAAUUAUAG